AUCAUCUAUGGCGGCAAAGGUAAAGGUCGUCAAUAUUCUUAUGACAUGAAUGCAAAUGGAUGAUUAACAGAAGGAUAACGUGCCAAGUAAACGAGAACCAGUUACUCUUGCCGAUGAAUUAUUUGUUUUUGAUUUGGAUAUGAAUACAGGAUGAAUGGUGUUACUACAGAGGAACUGGCCUCUAAAAUAUUUGACCAGUUUGUGAGUGCUGUGACUUGUAAAUCUGUCCUGAAUACAUUCCAUGAAUUAUGUAGUGUACUAGGACUGUUACAUGUAGAUCAUCACAAUUUCUACCGCCUUUUAAAGUCACGCUUGACAUCAUGGAGAGCCAAAUCAAUCUGGGAUAAAUUUGAUAAACGGGCCGCUCAUCGUGAUUAUAAACGAGGAGAAGCAUGUCGUCAUUCAAAGGUGCUGGUUAUAGGAGCUGGACCAUGUGGAUUAAGGAUGGCUAUAGAAAUAGCUUUACUGGGAGGUAAAGCUGUGGUCUUAGAAAAGCGUGAUCGAUUCUCCCGUAAUAAUGUACUUCAUCUCUGGCCAUAUCUCAUCACUGAUCUCAAGAACCUUGGGGCCAAAAAGUUUUUUGGAAAAUUUGCUGCUGGAGCCAUUGAUCAUAUCAGUAUUCGUCAACUACAAUGUAUAUUAUUAAAGGUGGCUUUAUUAUUAGGUGUAGAAGUUCAUGUUAAUGUAGCUUUUGGAAGUAUUUUAGAACCUCCAGAAGAUCAAAGCAAUAAUGUUGGAUGGAAAUGUACAGUAGAUCCUGCUAAUCAUCCUGUAUCAGAAUAUCAGUUUGAUGUUCUAGUUGGAGCAGAUGGUAAAAGAAAUACAUUAUCAGGUUUUAAAAGAAAAGAGUUUCGAGGAAAGUUGGCGAUUGCUAUUACAGCUAAUUUCAUCAAUAAGAAUACAACAGCAGAAGCUAGUGUGGAGGAAAUCAGUGGUGUUGCCUUUAUCUUUAAUCAGAAGUUUUUCUUGGACCUUAAAGAUAAAACAGGAAUAGAUCUAGAGAAUAUAGUUUAUUAUAAAGAUGAAACACAUUAUUUUGUCAUGACAGCGAAAAAACAAAGUUUAUUGUAUAAAGGUGUUCUAAAAGAGGAUUAUGCAGAUACAAUACAGUUACUAUCAAGAGAGAAUGUUAACCAUGAUGCUUUAUUAGCAUAUGCUACAGAAGCAGCUGAUGUUUCAACUAAUUAUCAACUACCUAAUUUAGAAUAUGCUGUAAAUCAUUAUGGACAAGCUGAUGUAGCCAUGUUUGAUUUUACAUCCAUGUUUGCAGCUGAGAAUUCAUGUAGAGCUAUUGAGAAAUGUGGACAUAAAUUAUUAAUAGGCAUUGUAGGCGAUAGUUUACUUGAGCCAUUUUGGCCAACUGGUUCUGGAUGUGCAAGAGGAUUUCUAGGUGUAUUUGAUACUGCUUGGAUGAUCAAAAACUGGGCAGCUGGUAAAAUGACACCUCUUGAAGUUAUAGCAGAAAGAGAGAGUAUAUUCCAACUAUUAUCUCAGACAACACCCGAAAGAUUACAUAAAUCACACCACCAAUAUAGUAUAGAUCCAAAUACAAGAUAUCCAAAUUUAAAUACAUGUAGAAUAGUGAAACCAUUUCAAGUACGUCACUUGUAUGAUGGUGGGGAUGCUACUAAAUUAGAAGAAGAAAUACCAAGUAAAAGAAGAAGGCAUGAUGAAAUGGUAGAUGGGUAUAGUUUAUUACGAUGGUGUCAGAAAGUGCUCAACAAUAAUAUAUAUCGUCAUGUCCAUAUCAUAGAUUUUACAACAUCGUGGAGAAAUGGUCUAGCUCUCUGUGCACUUAUACAUGUAUUUAGACCAGAAUUAAUUAAUUUUAAUCAAUUAUUAGACUGUGAUGUUUUGCAAAAUAAUCAGUUGGCAUUUUCAUUAGCGGAGACAGAGCUUGGUAUACAACCUGUUAUGACAGCUGAAGAUAUGGUUAAUUGUGAUAUGCCGGAUAGAUUGAAUAUGAUGGUGUAUCUGUCUCAGUUUUACCGUGCAUUUAAAGCAGAACCAUUACCACUUGUUCCAAUUACCAGAAAUCUUUCAAAAGAUGAGAAGAAUAUUCGCUCACCUAAACAUCGUACAUCAUUCCUCCAAAAACUUAGCUCAAGGAUCAAAUCUAAAAGGAAAAAAGAUGAUGAUCCUGAAAAACUAUUCAAGAACAAAUCACCAGAAGAAAAACUAGAGCAGCAAAGAAACGUAGCGCUGACCAAAUACAGUAAGUUACCAAUGGAUGAAAUAGCCAAUAAAUUAACAGUAACAGAAAAGAAGCCAUCACCCUAUGCUUUGAAAUCCAAGGAAGAAGCUACCGGAGCUGUCAGUGUUAAUGCCAUGGCUGAAAUACUGGCUGCAAAGUUCCGCGGUGACCCUCCUGUUGAACCACAGCCUCCGUUAAAGAAAAUGAAAGGUCAACCUACAUUAUUAGCAGCCCAACCAAACAGUGAAUUUUGUAAAUUUUGUGCUAAGAGAGUAUAUAUUAUGGAGAGGAUGAGUGCUGAAGGUGUAUUUUUCCAUCGUGGUUGUUUAAAAUGUGAUUUUUGCGGUACUAAUUUACGUUUAAACAAUUAUUCCUGUGAGAGGGAACCAGAUGUACGGUUUUUCUGUUUUCGACAUGCGUUAAUUGAACAAAGAUUAAAUGCGAAGAGAAAGAGAAAUAAUCAGUAUGAUGAUGAUGAAGCCCAUAAGGAGAAUGUACCUAAAGAUAAAGAUAAUAGUCCAAGUAUAGAUAUGACCGAUGUAGAUCCUAUAAUACCUAUUAUUAAAACACCAGAUUCAAUACUUAGUCCAUUAAGAGUAAAAAAUCUAGAUUUACUUGCUAAAAACAGUAGAACACCAGAACGUGUGGAGUUUGAAAAUACAUUUGAUGGUUUAGAGGAGGAAACGGAAGAGGAACAAAUUGAACAUAAUCUACGAGCUUCAUUAUCGUCUGAUACAUUACUUGACGAUGAAGAUUAUGAUAGUAGUAAUUCUGAUUCUGAGUCUGGAGCAGAAGAUGAAGAUGUGUUAUUAGAUGUACAGGAAGGAUUGGGUAAUCAAUCUAUAACAUGGGAAGAAGCUUGUCAACUAGCUAAAACUUGGUCUACACGACACUCUACUGAUAACUUAAAACAGGCAACAGAAGAAGAAGAAGAAACACCAUAUACUAAACUAGAAGAAGAUGAUGAUGAUGAUGAUGAUGAUGAUACAGAAGUAGAAGAUUCUGAGUAUGAGAGUGAAGAUGAUACAGAAACAGAAGAAGAACUAGCUGUAGAGGAAAAGAAAGGAAUCAAUAUUUCAAAUAAUAACAGCUCCCCUAUCAAAUCACCACUCAGUCCAUCUGGUGUAAUAGCAGCUAGAGCUAGUUUCUUCUCAUCACCACCACAAGUUGUUAGAAUAGAUGCUUUUAGUAUGUUUAAAAAUAAAGAAACCAAAAAACAAGAAGAAGAAGAUGUAAAGAUUAUCAGAGCUGCAGAUGAAGUAGCAUCUGAGGAAAAAGAUGAUUUGUCGGAAAAAGAUGAAGAUAGCCGGUGUUUAGCCUCAGAAUCUAUCUCUGAAGAUAUUAGUACUGAUAAAUCUAAAGUUACUGUCAUGUCCGUAGGAGAUUUAGUAAGUACAGAUGAAGAAAUGGAGGAUGAUGAAUCAAGUGAUGAGUGUAAACAAGAUGGAGAUGAUGAAGAAGAAGGUAAGACAAGUCAGCAAGACACUGAUGUUGAUGAAGAUGAGUUAUUAGGAAAGACAGCAGUGGGCAAAGAAAUGGAGCGCAUUUUGGCUGAGAUUGAUAAGGAUGACUCUAUUAGUGAUUCCGAACUGCUUGGUUCAAUAACAGAACCAUUAUAUGACAAUGUACAGUUAGAACCUGAUGUACAGACAGUUGAAGAUGAAGUGUUUGUUAACUCGGAAGAAAAACACGUUGGUGUAGAUCUAGAUACAGCCACCAGUGGUGAUACAUUAAAACAAGUUUUAGAUAGUGUACGUAACAUGGAAACAUCCUCUGAUGAAGAAAAUGAACGAAGAAAAGAUUUGGCACUCACUAUGUUAGAUGAAAAAUUUGUGACUGAUCGACGCAGGAAGAAAGGAAAAAGAAUAAAAAGAAGUGAGUCUGUGAGUUCUGAAUCGAGUUUUACUAUAUCUACACCUUCUGGUUCACCUAAAUCAUCAGCAAGUUCAUUAGCUGAUGUGAUGGAAAAUAACAAAGUUUACAUAGAUAAUGAUGAUAAACCAGAUGUAGAUAUGUUACGUGAUUAUACAACAACUUUAAGUAUGGUUCUAGAUGAAGAAUCAGAUAAUGAUAAUCAACCUGUUAUAACAGAUAAUCAAAUAGCUGAAGAUAAAGAUACUACUAUUCAUAAUGAAGAUGAAGAUGCUGAUGAUACGUUAGAGACUAACAACAGUAGUAUCUAUUUUACGCCAGAACUCAGUGCUAUCGAAGAUAAAUUUAAUACUCCUGUAGAAGAUACUGACAAUAUUGUAAUAACUUCUAUGAAACCCCCUAUAGUUAAUCUUCAAAAACAAAUAAGUCAUGAUAAUGCAAAAGAACAAAUUCAAGUUUCUGAGAAUAUUCAAAAACAUAGAAUAGAUGUCAGUCAUAUUCCGGGCGUUGAACAUAAAGAAAACAUAACAAACAAACCAAUUGCUGAAAUUAAAAGUGCUGAAAAUAAAACGAAAGAUCAAAUUAAAGGUGGCAAGCGUGAGGAUAUUGGAAACAAAACCAAAGAUUUAUCUGAGGUUACAAAGGAAGGAAUUCCUGAUGUGUUGAUUACUUCUCCUAAAUCUCCACCAAAUACAACAAUAUGUGAAUCACAAUUUACCAGUGAUAUAAACAGAAAAAAUAAGAUUUCAUCUUCAACACCAUUAAAACACCACCCAAUUAAACCAACCUCUUCAAGUACUGUAACUCCUUCAACUGAUAAUACUAGAGAAAAGAAACCACUUCGUAAAUUACCUGAUUUACCACCUGUUAAUAGAUGGACACCUGGUAGAUCUCCAGUUAAGCCCUCGGCCACAUCAACAUCACCAACUAAACCAAUAUCUACUGCUUUAAAUACCACUAAUGUAUUAUCUGUAAAACCUGUAUCUACACCAUUCUUUACACCUGUUGGUAGACCAGUGAAAAAAACACAAAAUAAACCAGUAUCACGUAGUUCUAGUAAUUCUAGUGUUUCAGAUUCAGGUAGAAGUCGAUCAGGAUCUUUAACUAGACGUAAAGGUGUUCAUGUUGAUAAAGCUCGAACAAAGAUUUCAUUAGACAGAAAUAAACUUUUGUCUAACCCUAAAACAAUAUCUAAACCGAGCUCAUCCGAAAAAUCUUUCCCAGCAGAAAAAGGACGAAAGAAAAUUCAGUUAGAUAGUAGUUUAACUGAGGGUGAUACUCUGAAACGUGAGAUAAGGAAAAGUGCUGAUGAAUAUAUUGAUGAUAUACCAUUUGCUGAUGAUGGUGAUCAUGAUAGUGAUGAUAUUUUCUCAACACCAGCUACUUCUGUAAAACAGAGACCAAUAUCUAAAGUUCACAAUGAAGAUGUGGCUAAACAAGUUAAAAAACGCUUAUUACCUGUACCACCUGUAUCUAGAGUAACAACUAAUACUGCUGAUAAUAAAACAUCUAAAGUGACAAAAACUGACCGUAGUAAACCGUCGUCAAGUUCUACUGAUACAGCUGUUGUGUUUGUCAAUAAAAGUUUUGGCAGUCCAUCUGUUGUUGUGCGUAAUCUGAAAACAAAAGAUACUAAAAAUGAUCUUAAAAAAGAUAGUGACAAUUCUUCCGUAAGUACUGGUAGAUACACUAAGAAAAAAUUAAAAACUACUGAUUCAAAACUGUCGAAUACUCCUAAAACAGAUCCAAAAGUGAAAUUAAGGAAAUCAGAAGAAAAAUCUGAUAGUGACUCUCAGAGUAAGAAAGAAAAACGUAAAUCACUUCUUGCCAUGUUGAAACCAAAUAAAUCUCCUGAAAAAUCCAAAAGUGUUUCAGAUAUAAAUACACCACAGUCUAGUGCUAAUAGUAAAUCAAAGAGUAAAAAAGGAGUUAAAAGUGAAAGUAAAUUUGAUAAAAAGAAAAGUAAAUUAAAUGGGGGUAAAGAUGGUGUCGAUACGAGUCUAUGUGAUAAUAUGAAAGGUUUAGAAAUAGGUAGUAGCAGUGUAUUUACGUCUAAUAGAAGUAGAAAACCAUUACUAUCUACAUCUAUACAUGCUCCUACAGCUGAUAUUGAUGAAUUCUCAGACUCUGAUGAAAGUAUUAUGUCAACCAGUACAGUUCACUCAAGAAAAAGGGAUAACUACAUGUCAAUGUCAUUAGAUCCAGAAGCUGAUGCAAGGAGAGCAAGACGCAUUCAAAGGAAAAUUGAUAAACAGCAGAAACUGAAUGAACAGAAACGUUUACGAAUGGCUCAAGAAUUACAGCGUCAAUUAGAAGAAGUAGAAGUAAAACAACGUGAAUUAGAAGAAAGGGGUAUACAGGUGGAAAAAGAUUUAAGAGAAAGUGGUAAAGAUGAUGCUGAUUUGAUGCAAGAAUGGUUUAAUCUAGUACAUGAGAAGAAUACUAUUGUUAGAUUUGAGUCUUCAUUGAUGAUACAAGCUAGAGAAUUAGAGUUAGAAGACAGACAAGCACGUUUAAAUGGAUUAUUACGAGACAGAAUGUCUAUUGAAGACGGACCUAAAGAUGACAGCAAGAUAAAUGAAGAGAAGAAGAUAUUGGAUGAAUUAUUACAAGUAGUUGAACAAAGAGAUUCUUUAGUAGCCAUGUUGGACGAAGAUAGAUUAAGAGAAAAAGCCGAAGAUCGAGACUUGGAGGAAAUCAUGCAGUCUAAAGGAUUUGCCUUAUCUCCAAUGAGUUAUGUUAAGGACAUGAAAUCUGGAUUAAAAGCUAAUGGAGUGUGAUAUAAAUACUAACUGUGUGUUAAGUAAUUCAUUUAUUCUAUGUGGUACAGCAUUAUUAUAUUAUAUAUAUUUUGAAAGGUCAACAUCAUACAGUUUAAUAGUUAAACUGUUAAUUACAUAUUGUAAUAUUCAGGUACAAUCACCUAUAUACAUGUAUGUGGGUUUUAGGGGUUUUUUACCAAAUUUCUCAUUUUUGAAAUUUAUAUAUCUUGAUCAGCUCAUCGCUUAUUAUAUUAUAAUGGUGCUUAUCACAUGUUAGAAGAAGAAUUAGUAAAUUUAAUAUUUUACAUUGUAGGGCUUUCAUAGAACAGUGUCUAGUCACUCAAGCCAUGUUCUGGACCACUGAUUUAAACUGAAAAUGUUCUUUUUUUAGACCCAGUCAAUGUUAGAUAACAUGAUUGUAGUAAAAACUGAAAUCAUCCUGCCAAGACAAAAUGCCCUUCUUUAGUUGUUAGUUCUAUUAUUGUGUUCAUGGUCAGUUAUGGUGAAUAUGAAUGAGGAAAAGCAUUCAUUUUGAUUACAUGAUAAAUUAUUAUAAAGCAAUUAGGACUAUGCAUUUAAGAUCAUAUACAAGUGUAGUGAAUGAAUUUAUAACAUGGUAUAAUGAAUAAACCAAGUAACUUAUUUAAUGUAAAAACUUUUUUUGUAUAUUCUAUUUAUUUGGGCUCAUUAAUAUUUAAAUAAAAAUAUUGUAUAUUUAACAUGUAUAUAAUUAUUUGUAAAACUGAAAUGAAUUACAAGAAAUCCAUAUUGUUUAAUAUUCUUGAGUUCAAAUUCUCAAAAUCUUAACAUAUAACUACAUCUUUCAUUGUAAAAUUCCUAAUUUUGGGGCUUUUGAUAUUUUUAUUACACCCUGGAAUUAAAACAUAAAUAAUAAUAUAUUAUAAAAUGUUUCAUAGGUUUUAGAUAAAUUUAGUCCCUCUGUUGAAAUAAAGCUUUAUUGUAUAAAUAAACUAGAAAUUGUAUAUAUACCUGUACAUUUUGCUUGUUAAGUUUUUGUCUUAAGUUAAAGUUUCCCAAUCAUACAUAUUAAUGUGAAUUAGUGUACAUUUUCUCCAGGGGUUAAAAUUGUAAGGAGAUUGUGUAAAUAAAAUCCAUCUAAGCUCCUUUAUCAAGGUCACCUAAAUUGUUAUUUACCCAUGUGUUAAUGUCUCUGUCUAUCAUUUGUAAUUUUCAGAAAAUAUCAAUAUGUACUGAUAUUGAUUAUUUAACAUUUACUUAAAAAACCAAAUCAUAAUAUCAACAGCAAAUAAUAAUCCCCUGGCUUGGAUUCAUUCAGAUUCAGAUUAAAAAGAGACCCAUCAAACAAUUGUAGGAUGCCAUCAUAUCUUUGUAAUUACUGAAGGGAAUUGAAUCAUUUUCAGGCUGAUAUCUUUUACGGAGUCAACUUUCACAAUAUUGUUGUUUCCUCAAACCUUGAAAUAAUGUUCAGAGACUUUAAUGAAACAAAAUGGUUAUUAUAAUCAAAAUAGUUUUUAUUUAUGACAUUUGAAAACUUUGUAUAAUUUGGAAACUUUAAUUGUGUAAAAUAGCAUUGUGUUGUAUUAAAGACAUUGUUUGUUAAUAAUUUGUUAAUUUAAAGAAGUUAAAGUAAUACUAUCUUUUGUAAUUUGUAUACCAAAAAUCUUGAAUAUGGUAGUGGUGUUAUUCGCUUUUCUAUAUCUUGUUUGAGUUUAAUUUAUAUAAGGUCUCUAGUUAAUUACGUGAUCUAUAUAUUCAAUUCUCUUGUAAUAAUUAAAUACUCUAUAAUAAGAAUGGAAGAAUUGUGUGACUACUUAUGAUACAUCUAUGUUAUAUAUAUAUUAUCCGUGGUUUGUAAUUUAUUCAUUGAUUUGGUCACUUGUGUAUCUGGUCAUAAAUUUUUUCCAGACAAUUCUAAAUUCUAAUAUUUUUCUAUGAAGGAGCUAACCCUCUUUGAUUUAGGUCAAAAUAAAAUAUUGAUAAGAAGUGACAAAAUCAAAACAAUGACAAUUUUUUGUUUAGAAAGUAUUAGGCAAUGGUCAAUUUGUUUAUUAAUUUCAGUUUUAUUUUGGCUUAAACACAAGAUCAGGGUCUGUAUUCAAAGGUUUUCUUAAAGUUCAGUAAAAAUACUUAAAAUUUUUCCACUUAUCCAAGUGUCUUACCUUAAAUCGGUAUUCAAAGGCUGUAUUUUACCUAUACUUGGCUGUGUGAAAACUUAACUGCACACUUAAAAUAUGGAAUACCAACACUAGCCAAAAAGCAUGAAUUUUUAACUUAUGGAAUAACCCCCACUGCCAAAAAUCACGAAUUACUCACGUCGCACGCAAGUUAUGUCCCCUUAAGAGCACCACUAUACUCUAUUAAAAUCUUAGUUGUCAUUACUAGGAAAAUAUUUGUCGAAAUAUUAUAUUGUAAUGAACGAAAAUAGUAUGGCUAUAAUUUAUGAUAAAUUAUGAUAGUACGCAUUCGUUGUCGGAACAGCAGUUUUCAUGUAUGUUUUUCAAAAACAAUAGAUUUUAAUAGCAGUUAUCGAAUAGUGUUAGUAUUAUGAUGGAUAUGGUAAAUUUUAUUAUUUUAACAAUGUAUAACGAAUAGAAAAUAAAAUAUUAGGAAUACACAGCAGUCAGCAGUCAUCAUCAUAUAUUUGUAAAUUUAUACAAACCAAGACAAGAACAUAUGGCAAUCAAAACUACAAUGGAAUGGCAUCCUAAUGUGAAAUUUACAAAUAAAUGUAACACGUCAAACUUUAUUAUAUGACAGUUGUGGAAAACAUGAUUGAUUAAGCAAUACGAACAUGAUAGAUGAUUGGGGGGAAAAACCGGGACCAUUUCAGUGGUAGUAACCUAACACUAUUAUGGCUCUACAAAAUCAAAGCUGAUGAUGAAAAAAAAAACGUUUGAUGCAUCUACUUUUGAACUGUUAUAGCAAGAAUGGCCAACUCUCUAUAAAAAUCUCCCAUAAUGUAUCUUUAAGUGAAAUCUAGUAGUUAAUUAAGUGACUAUAUUAGUCUUAAGAUAUCCUUUGAAUACGAGCCAGGUCUAUGUCCUGACCCAAAGUUUUAGACAGAUCCAAUCAACAUAUCUAGCUUAAUUAAAUGAACAUUUUUUUUCAUUUUGAGAUGACUAUGAAACAUGAGAAGUUUCUUCGCUGUCAAUGUAACAUAUAUUGAAUAUAAUAAUUUGUCUAUGCCUUUAUUCUAUAUUGCCUUAAUUAAACUGGCGCCAGUUAUAGAGUAAUUGCAGGUCUUUCUUUAGGCCUGAAAUGUUAUCUAUAUUAUUAAUUAGACAUUAAUUAACUUAUCCAGACCAUAAUCUACUCUCGAUGGUAUCGCUAGCCUGCGAAUUUACUGGAUUAGAACCCGGUCUUCUGCUUCUGAUUAAAUCAAAAAAUGGAUAAUUGAGACUAUGUACCAACUUUAGUAAUGAUGAUAGAGGCUGGGCCCAAAAUUCAAUCGCUAAAUACUCGGUUCAGGUUAAAUUAAUUUGCCUGAAAUUUUCAGCAAAUUUACUUUACAUUAUCUAGUUUUUAACUAUUAUAGUGAGAACUACCAUCUCUUUAUCUAAUCUCCCAUAAUGUAUCUUUAAUAUUUUAGUAAUUUAUUGGAUUGUAUUUUAGUUUAGAAAGGGGACUAUUAAAAUGUGUUUGCCUGUCUGUCAUUCAUUUUUAUACGACCACAUUUCAAUGUGGGCGUAUAUUGUCUUGUGGAAGCUCUAGAGGCCAAAGUUAAUAUCCGAUUGACUUUAAAUUUAUACACAGUGUUUAAGGUCAUGAGACGAAGAAGCCUAUUGAUUUUCAGCGAUUUCUGAUAAUUACUGCCAGAGUUAUGGCCCUUGAUCACUUCAAAAAAUCUUGUGGACGCUCUAGAGGCCAAAGUUAAUAUCCGAUUGACUUUAAAUUUAUACACAGUGUUUAAGGUCAUGAGACAAAGAAUCCUAUUGAUUUUCAGCGAUUUCUGAUAAUUACUGCCAGAGUUAUGGCCCUUGAUCACUUCAAAAAAUCUUGUGGACGCUCUAGAGGCCAAAGUUAAUAUCCGAUUGACUUUAAAUUUAUGCACAGUGUUUAAGGUCAUGAGACAAAGAAGCCUAUUGAUUUUCGGCAAUUUCCGAUAAUUAAUGCCAGAGUUAUGGCCCUUGAUCACUUCAAAAAAUCUUGUGGACGCUCUAGAGGCCAAAGUUAAUAUUCGAUUGACUUUAAAUUUAUACACAGUGUUUAAGGUCAUGAGACGAAGAAGCCUAUUGAUUUUCAGCGAUUUCUGAUAAUUACUGCCAGAGUUAUGGCCCUUGAUCACUUUAAAAAUCUUGUGGACGCUCUAGAGGCCAAAGUUAAUAUCCGAUUGACUUUAAAUUUAUGCACAGUGUUUAAGGUCAUGAGACGAAGAAGCCUAUUGAUUUUCAGCGAUUUCCGAUAAUUACUGCCAGAGUUAUGGCCCUUGAUCACUUCAAAAAAUCUUGUGGACGCUCUAAAGGCUAAGGUUAAUAUCUGAUUGACUUUAAAUUUAUACACAGUGUUUGAGGUCACGAGGCGAAUAAUCCUAUUGAUUUUCAAAGAUUUCUGAUAAUUACUGCCAAAGUUAUGGCCCUUGAUCACUUCAAAAAAUCUUGUGGACGCUCUAGAGGUCAAAGUUAAUAUCCGAUUGACUUCAGAUUGAUACACAGAGUUUAAGAUCUUAAGACGAACAAGUAUAUUGAUUUUCAAUGAAUUUUUAUGACUUGGAACAGCUAAAUCCAUGAUACAGUAUUAAAAGUUUUGUAUACAAAACGUUAGCAUGGGGCAGAACUUUAUAAAAACUAAACAAAUUCUAAUGGUUUUCUGAGUUGUUGCUCUUAAUCAGAUUUUAGUGUAUUAUAAAUGUUUCAUUACCGAAAAAAAGUAAAAUAUGCGACAACUCUUGUUGACUGCCCGGACGAUUUAGCUGCUGUGGGCGUAUGUUUCGUUGCCUGGCAACCUAUCUUUAAUGCUUAAGGUACCUUCCACAGAGGGUGAUAUUGCAGAUAUACCAUUUGGAAUACAAUAACUUUACUGUACUUCUAGGUGAAUAUCUUUACAGAAUUCAAUGCUGAGUAUUGGGGGGGGGGGGGGGGUGCUGAAAUUGCAAUAUUUACUCAAAAAGUAAAAUUUAAUAAAUGGUAUGUCUCUUGAGUAAAAAAUGUGUUCAAAUAGUAUAAUAUCAUGACUUAUUUAUUUUCUUUUGGUUAUUUAGUUAAAUAAAGGUUUUAAGUUCAGUUGAUAUCUUUUGAUAAGAUAGUUGCUUAUUGGCUCAGAUUUAACCCUUUUCCGUAACCCAUGCCCUAAUAACAGCUUGAUAAUGUCAGGUGUGUCGUUUAGUUAGGUAGUAAUGCUACAUGAUUGUGCAUAGAUCACACAUUAUCAGAUAAUUUAAAGUGACCUAUUAGCUAUUAGUCAACCUCAUUUCAUUUGAUCUCGGAUUUAAAAUCAUUUCAUAUUCUCAUUUUAUAAAUAAUAGAGUUGUGUGAUCUGUAUGGAUUAUGAAAUGCCAGUAGACUUGAAGUGUUUUUAUUAUUGGUUAAAUAUAACAAUAUAUAUUAUUGUAAUGCUAUCUAGUCAGUUUAUAUGUUAACCACAUGUAUAACAUAAUGCACUGCUUUCUAUUGUUGGGUCCAGCAGUAUUUGUUAGGUCAUUCAUCUUACCUUAUUGGUUGUGAAUAAAACUAAUAAUGGGUA